UUCUUCUUCUUCUUCUUUUUCUCGUGGCCCGUCUCCUGUGGAGACAUGACGCGCCUAUGUUUUAAUGUGUUGUGCUUUGGAUAGAAAUACCCUUCAAGUUGGCGCUAGGGUCAGGGAUCAUUUCGUGAUAUCAUUAUAUAGGGCUCUAUUUAGCAUUGGAUGGUGUCUGGCGUUGUUGGUUUGCCUGAGUGACACAGGUUGUUCGGAAAAUGGUUCCAGAAAAUUAUGGCCAUCAAGAUAGCAAUAAAUAAUUUUAUGUUGA